AUGCGCCUAUACGCCAUAUCCGAUAUUCACCUAAGCUUCAAGCUCAACAGAGAGGCUCUCGAUGAGCUCGAGCCGCAUGAUGACGACAGUCUGAUCAUUUGCGGAGACGUCGGCGAACGUCUGGAGCACCUCCAAGAGGCCUUUGAGAUCACGACCAAGCUCUUCAAGCAAGUCUUCUGGGUCCCUGGAAACCACGAACUGUACACCCUCCCGGGCGUCACCACCGAAGACGAUCUCGACAAGGAACUCCGGGGCGAGUUCAAGUACCAAGAAUGUGUCCGGGUCGCCAACGAAUACGGGGUCAUCACGCCCGAGGACGAGUUUGUCAGGUGGGAAGGCGAAGGGGGCCCGUGUCUGAUAUGUCCCAUCUUCACCUUGUACGACUACAGUUUCCGCCCGGACCAUGUCAGUCGCGAAAACGCGGUCGACUGGGCCAUGGAGCAGAAUGUCUAUGCGACCGACGAAGCACUCCUGCACCCCGACCCGUACGAGACUCGGGACGAUUGGUGCAGCGCCCUAGUCAGCAAGACGGAGGAACGUCUCAGGGAGGCUGCGGCCAGAGGUAUCCCGCUUAUCCUGAUCAACCACUGGCCCCUUCGUGAAGACGUCAUCACUAUCCCCAGGAUCCCGAGGUUCAGUCUUUGGUGUGGGACGAAGAAGACGGAGGACUGGCAUACGAGAUUCAACGCCAAGGUCGUCGUCAGUGGGCAUCUGCACGUGCGAAGAACCGACUGGAUCGAUGGAGUUAGGUUCGAGGAGGUGAGCCUGGGCUAUCCUCGUCAAUGGCAGACGUCAAAGGAUAGAGGGUUGAACAUCAAUGAUAUGCUGCGAGAUAUCCUGCCUGGGAUGCCUGAUCCUGGAGAUGUGAAAACGAUCUUUAGGAGCUCAGGCGCGCCAGUUGAUUGGAUACGGAAAUGA